GUGAUACUGGUAAGUAUGAUGAAGUGGUUUCACAACAAAAGUGUUUCUAUUGGUGGCUCAACAUAUUUCCACCCUAAUCCGUGGAUGGUGUUAGUGAUGUCAGAAAGAGUUUAAAAUAAAUCCAGCACCAAGGACCCCAUGCAGCCCGGAGAGGGAGAGACAGAGCAAGAGCACAGGGAGACCCAGCUUGGCCAUCUGUAGCUUUAGACACACAAUCAGCCCCUCGCCACAGUCAGUAGCCCAACAGCCAACAGGCCUGUCACCAUGAUUUUUCUAAUGGACAUGCAGAUGAUGCUCCUGGACGUUGUGUACUUCAUCCUGCGUGGGUGUUUCAGGAUCGUCAUGAGGCCGCGCACUAAGGACAUCAGUGAGGAGCUGGUGCUGAUCACUGGGGCUGGCGGGGGGCUGGGGCGUCUCUUCGCCCUGGAGUUCGUCAGCCACGGAGCCGAAGUCGUGCUGUGGGACCUGAAUCCCGAGACCAACGAGACGACGGCCAAACUGGUACGUGAGGCAGGUGGAAAGGCCUACACUUACACGGUGGAUGUCACCAACCGGGAGAAGGUGUACCAGACGGCCAAUCUCGUCAGGAAAGACCUGGGCCGGGAUGUCACGUUCCUGGUUAACAAUGCCGGCGUGGUGGCAGGGCAGCGCAUGUGGGACGGUGCAGACGACAUGGUGGAGAGGACACUGAAGGUCAACUGCCAUGCCCACUUCUGGACGGUGAAAGCUUUCCUGCCCCAGAUGAAGGCUAAUAACCAUGGCCACAUUAUCACCAUCGCUAGUGUCCUGGGGCUCUAUGCCACUGCCUAUGUGGAGGAUUACUGUGCCAGUAAGUUUGCAGCUGUUGGCUUUCAUGAGUCCUUGGCCCAUGAGCUCCUGACGGAGGAAGAGUGUGAUGGUGUCAAGACUACACUGGUCUGUCCCUACCUGGUAGAUACAGGAAUGUUUGAUGGCUGCAAGAUAAGGGAAGAAGCAGAAUUGGUUCUACCAGCUCUAGAUCCUGUUUACUGUGUUCAGCAGGCAAUGAAUGCAAUUCUCAUUGACCAACCAUUUGUUUGCAUUCCAAGAAUGACCUACAUCCCUUACAUGGCUCGGACGCUGCUUCCCUGGGAAGCUAAUGCGGUAAUAUAUCGCUUUGUGGGGUCUGACAAGUGCAUGUCUCCCUUUAUUGAGAACAUGAAGAAAAGGACAGCCAAUGGAGCCAUCAAAGCUGCAUAGACAUCACAAAGUAGACGCACAUCCAUUCAACACUGACGCCUCUACACGUAACAGUUAUGGGUACAUUACUGUAAUGGGUACAAUUUGGACACAUUCCUGUUCGUACAUUCAGCGAGCUGGUGGUAAAGUGCAACCCGAGAGCAGCUGACUUGGAUUCCUGUGUAUGAUGUAUUUAUUUUUGGGUCAUUCUUUAGAUCCUGGAUUACGUGUCAAUUUAGAGAAAUGGAAUACAGUUGGAUGAUCCUCCCUAAUAUAAACUCUCUAGAGUCUACUUCUGUCAUGUAAAAACCCUGAAACCAGUUGACUAUAAGUGCCCAAGUCCCAUGCCCGAGUCCUGCUAUGCAUUCAGGUUUAGGUUAGAACUUGACGUUGAGACAUUCACCAACCACUGACUUGUCUCAAUCAAUGUCCUGAGUUUAGCUAUGAACCUGAGUGGUAUAGUAGCACAAAGGAAGCUGGUGUGACUUGAUAUUAAAGCAGCAAUAAGUAGUUCUGUACCAAAACUAGAGAGCUACCUACCUAAAAGGCAUGCAA